AUGGAGGUGUACUACAACACAGUGCGUCGCCUCGAAGACAAGUUCGACAGGCUCAAGCUCAACCACAUCGUGCGCAAGUACAACGAGGAAGCGGACAAAUUAGCCAAGUUCGCAUCUGGGCGGACCACAGUUCCCCCAAAUGUCUUCGCCCGCGACAUCGCCAAGCUGUCCAUCGACUUCAAGACCCCUGUGGAAGCCACCGAGCGCCACCCGAACCCUCGGGGGCUGCGAUCAUCGAGCCAUCGGCCGAUGACCCCUCGGCGAAGGAGUCCGAAGCCAUGGACACAGAAGCCGAGAUCUCCUCGGCAGAUGAGGCUGAGGCGGGCCAAGUCCUUUGCCUUGAUCGAUGAUGAACUGUACAAGCGCAACCCCUCGGGCAUUCUGCAACAUUGCAUCCCCGUCCCCGAGGGCAAGGAGCUAAUUCGGGACAUCCACGCCGGAAUCUGCGGUCACCAUGCCGUGCCGCGCACCCUCGUGGGCAAUGCAUUUCAGCAGGGCUUCUACUGGCCCACCAUAGUCACCGACGCCACCGACGUCGUAUGA